AUGCUUGGCUACAUAUUAGCAACGUCGGAUGCAUUCUUGAGCUGGAAUACGCUCCUCUAUCUACUCCUUUUUUUCUUUCUCUAUGAAUUAGGGUAUAUCAUUUAUCACGCCUAUUUUCACGCCUUGAGUAAAGUUCCCGGUCCAUGGCUUGCAUCAACAACCUCACUAUGGAUCCGAUGGCAACGAUGGAACGGCAGACUCUCACUUGAAGCCGACAAGUUGCUCGCUAAGUACGGAUCCAUCGUUAGGAUCAGUCCAACCAUGGUCAUCGUCAACGAUCACGAUGCUGUGGAAAGCACCUUUAUCCGAAAGGAUUUGGAUACAUCUCCAACAGCAAUCCGUGCUUUGCGCGUAGGAGGUCAUGACUGGACGGUAACCUAUCCCCAACUUAGCAUUGCAAGAGAACGAAGGCAUCCUGUCAUGAUAGGUAAUCUUACAACGAUUCCCAUCCAAAGAGACCUGCUGAUAGGGCUACAGCCUCCACAACCAAGAACCUCAAGAGUUGGCUUCCUAUCUUUCGUAAUCACAUCAAUGCAAUGGCUGAAGACCUUCGAGAAUCGAAGGGAACUAGGUCAGAAGAUGUUGUACGGCAUCUUCGUAUUUGUACCCUCAAGACCUCCCAGCUUUUGAUAGGGGGUCCAGGAGUUGAUCUCGAUCCCCAAGAUUUUCCUCAGAUUGUAGGAGAAUACAAUUUCCUGGUAGUAUGGCGGCUCUGCCUUCCAGAGUGGGCUUUCACCUGGCUUAAGUACAGCCCCUUCUCACACGCACGCUUUCGGGUUGAUUCAAGCGACAAAUUGUUUGAUCUUGGAGCAGAAGUUUGCAGACAGGCAGAGGCACAGAAGAAUAAUUACCGUGAUCCGACGGACGAUACUCAACAUGUAUACGGCCUGUGUACCGAUACGAACGCCAAGUAUCCUGUACAGUGGUCUUGGACGAAAGACGAACUAGGCGCAGAAAUGGCAGGGCAGAUCCUUGCGGCUACGGAGACAACCUCGUCGGCACUUACCUAUAUCUUUUACGAGUUGGCCAAGGAUCCAAUCCUGUUGGAGGAGCUCUAUCAAGAAUUAAUUGUGGUGGAUGACGAUCAUGAGCUUGACUCUGCUAAGCUCCUCGAUGCCUGUAUCAAAGAGGGUUUACGAUUUCGGCCUCCAGUUGCACUCACAGGAAGCCGAGCGGUUCCCCCUGGAGGUCUUGAUCUACUAGGCCAUCAUUUAAGCGAAGGCACCAUAGUUACGACUCAAUCAUUAUCCAUGAGCCGUCAAAGGCAGGACCUAUUCCCAGACUUCGACGUCUACAACCCCAAGCGUUGGCUAGAGGAGGAAAACGGUGCAGAAAGACGUCGUCUGCUAGUACCCUUUGGUGUGGGUUCUCGUCGUUGUCCGGGAGGAAACAUGGCCCUGUAUCAGAUGCGCCUGAUAAUCAACAGCUUGAUUCAAGAUUUCAAAAUUGCGCUCGCUCCAGAAACGACACCAGAGAAGAUGGCUCCAUUUGAGGCCAAUGGCUAUCGGUCUCAUCAUGAUCGCUGCGAUCUGAUAUUUAUCCCAAGAUAG